CAGGCGCCGGAAGUGGCCGGAGGCCCCGCCCCCUGCCGGGGUGUCUGUGGAGCCGUGGACGCGCCGGCUUUGAGCAUCCCUGGCGGCCCAGGGGGAGGCCCUGGGGCUGCGGCUUCCGCGGCCGCGGCCCCGCCCGCCUUCGGCAUGGCCAGCUCCGGAGAGGACACAUCCAACGAUGACGACAUGCCCCCUGCAGCAGCCGCCAUGGUGGUGGGCGCCCACCUUCUCGGCUUCUCGGAUGAGAUCCUGCUGCACAUCCUGAGCCACGUCCCCAGCACAGACCUGGUUCUGAACGUCCGGCGCACCUGCCGGAAGCUCGCGGUGCUGUGCCUGGACAAGAGCCUCACCCACACCGUGCUGCUGCAGAAGGACUAUGAGGCGAGCGAGGACAAAGUGAAGCAGCUGGUGAAGGAGAUCGGCCGGGAGAUCCAGCAGCUCAACAUGGCCGGCUGCUACUGGUUGUCGGGUGCCACUAUCGAGCACGUGGCCCGCUGCCGCAGCCUGGUCAAGGUGAACCUCUCGGGCUGCCACCUGACCUCCCUGCGCCUCUCCAAGAUGCUCUCGGCCCUGCAGCACCUGCGCUCCUUGGCCAUCGACGUGAGCCCCGGCUUCGAUGCCGGCCAGCUGAGCGGCGAGUGCAAGGCCACGCUGAGCCGCGUGCGGGAGCUCAAGCAGACGCUGUACACGCCCUCCUAUGGCGUCGUGCCCUGCUGCACCAGCCUGGAGAAGCUGCUGCUCUACUUCGAGAUCCUGGACCGCACGCGCGAGGGCGCCAUCCUCUCGGGCCAGCUGAUGGUGGGCCAGAGCAACGUGCCCCACUACCAGAACCUGCGGGUCUUCUAUGCGCGCCUGGCCCCGGGCUACAUCAAUCAGGAGGUGGUGCGGCUCUACCUGGCCGUGCUCAGCGACCGCACGCCCGAGAACCUCCACGCCUUCCUCAUCUCUGUGCCUGGCAGCUUCGCCGAGAGCGGGGCCACCAAGAACCUCCUGGAUUCCAUGGCCCGCAACGUCGCGCUGGACGCCCUGCAGCUGCCCAAGUCCUGGCUCAACGGCUCGUCCCUGCUCCAGCACAUGAAGUUCAACAACCCGUUUUACUUCAGCUUCAGCCGCUGCACGCUGUCCGGCGGCCACCUGAUCCAGCGGGUCAUCAACGGCGGGAAGGAGCUCCGCAGCCUGGCGAGCCUGAACCUCAGCGGCUGUGUCCACUGCCUGUCCCCGGACUCCCUGCUCCGCAAGGCGGAGGACGAUAUCGACAGCGGCAUCCUGGAGACGCUGGUGGCAUCCUGCCGUAACCUGCGCCACCUCAACCUCUCGGCCGCCCACCACCACAGCUCCGAGGGCCCGGGCCGCCACCUCUGCCAGCUGCUGGCCCGGCUGCGCCACCUGCGCUCCCUGUCCCUGCCCGUCUGCUCCGUGGCCGACUCGGCGCCACGGGCCGACCGCGCGCCCGCCCAGCCCGCCAUGCACGCCGUGCCCCGCGGCUUCGGCAAGAAGGUGCGCAUCGGCGUGCAGUCCUGCCCCAACCCGUUCUCGGGGCAGGCGGGCCCUCAGCCUUCCUCCGUGUUCUGGUCUCUGCUGAAGGACGUGCCCUUUCUGGAGCGCCUCGAGCUGAUCGGGUCCAACUUCUCCUCCGCCAUGCCGCGCAACGAGCCCGCCAUCCGCAACUCCCUCCCACCCUGCAGCCGGGCGCAGAACGUCGGGGACUCAGAGGUGGCCGCCAUCGGGCAGCUGGCGUUCCUGAGGCACCUGACGCUGGCCCAGCUGCCCAGCAUCCUGACGGGCUCCGGGCUGGUCAGCAUCGGCCUGCAGUGCCAGCAGCUGCAGUCGCUCUCCCUGGCCAACCUGGGCAUGAUGGGGAAGGUGGUCUACAUGUCCGCCCUCUCGGACAUGCUGAAGCACUGCAAGCGGCUGAAAGACCUCAGGUUGGAGCAGCCGUACUUCAGUGCCAACGCCCAGUUCUUCCAGGCGCUGAGCCAGUGCUCCGCACUGCAGCGUCUCUGCCUGGUGUCGCGCAGUGGCACGCUCCAGCCCGAGGCCGUGCUGGCCUUCAUGGCGCAUUGCCUGCACGUCGUCGUGUGCCACAUGUUCACCGGGGAGUCCCUGGCCACCUGCAAGAGCCUGCAGCAGUCCCUGCUCCGAAGUUUCCAGGCCGAGCGGCCCGCGCUGAAUGUCGUCAUCUUCCCUCUGCUCCACGAGGGCCUGACCAAUGUCAUCCGGGACGUCCCCAUGGUGCACCUGGAUGAGAUCACCUUAUUUAAAAGCAGAGUGGCUGAGGAGCCCCCGAACCUGUGGUGGUGACAGGGACAGCUAGCGCCGGGCGAAGCUGCUUCUGGCGGCCGAGCCUCCCGCCGGCCACCGUCGCCUCUGUCAGUCUCCUGGGCCUGGAAGCACGACUGCCCUGAGGGGCGUGUGGCCCGGCUGCUGCUGCUCAUGCCUGCCCCUGCCGGACACUGGGGCCCCUUGGGUCCCAAGAGGAAGGACGCGCCCUCUGCCCGGCUAUCCCGCGCACCUGUCGUCUCCCAGGGCCCCCCGAAGCUUCCUGUUGCUUGCUCUUGGCGCUUGGUGAAACGCGAGUCCCAUCCGUGAGGAGGAGGAGAAGGAAGAGCCGGCUGUCCCUGCAGGGCCUGGCGUGGGUACUCCUGAGCUGAGACUUGCAUCUGUCACGGAGCGCUGACUCCCCGGGGGCCCUGACCAGGUCCCCAGAGCAGCACGGGGCCCCAGUGCUGCCCCCCCCCAUCGCCACUUCCACCUUCCAGAGUGUCUCAUGUGUUUGUGGCCACCUGCCGUCAGGCUCUGCGGAGGGGUGGCCUCGGGCCCGGGGUUGGAGGUGACCAUGUGUGUGGGGACGGAUGCGCUCACACGGUUACACGAUGGCACGGCUUCCCUCGGGCCAGCUGGGAGCACAGCGCAGUGGGGAGCUCCAGAUUUGGGGCUCUCCUUCCCAGUAACACACGUUUUAACCCAAUUAUGUCCAGCGUGUUUCCAGCCAGAUGGCGUCAGACAAGUUCGGGGCCGCUGGCUGGGCAGGGACCCCCGUGGCGCUGGGACUGUGGGGCGAGGCCUGGGCCAGGCCCGACGCCAGCACAGCACUCAGCUUUAGGACCUCUUCUCCGUGAAGAUCUGUGUUUCUGGGGAAAUACAUACCUGGCUUCAUUCAAGAAACUUGAAAUAUUAAAACUUAGAAAGGACGUUUAAAGCCAGAGUAGUGAUCAAACUACCCCAUUUCAUAUAGCUUUAUUUAGCACUUUACAAAAUUCAGUGCAGCUAUUCCAAAAAUGGGGAGUGACCUCCCAGUGUCCAGGGCCUCCCUCCCUGUGCUGAGCCUGCUGCCUUCUCGACUGCAAGACUCCCCAGAGCCGGUAGCCCCUCGGCCGGUGGCUUCCGAGGGGCUGCGAUCGGGUUCCCUCCACCCCGGGUCCAGCCCUGACUGCUCCCGGUGAUGCUCCUGGAGGCUUGCCGGGGGUCCUGGGCACCGUUGGACAGCUUCCAGGCAGGGGCACAUCAGUCCUGCAGAGGCUGCCUCCCGGGCCUCCCUCUCCCUCUGGGUUGGGGGUGCAGAGCCCACCAGGCCCUGCUCACGCUGCUGGUCCCCAUCUUGGCCGCCAUCUGCUUGGCCCCCAGCCUGGCCAUCUUCCCACUUUGUGUCUGUGGAGACAGUCCCCCCUUCCCCAUUCCGUGUAGCGUGUCCUGCAGCUUACCUACUAAAAGAGCAAGUCCGUGGCCCCGGGGCUUUUCAUUUGCCUUUCCAUCCCUGGGUUCUUGAGGGACAGACAGUUCUGCAGCCCCCACCCCCGCGGGGCUGAAGGGGUCCGGGAGGCCAGAGAGCACAACUGCAGGAAUCAAGCAGUCCCGGGGUCAGGGCCCUGGGAGGAACAGUCUGCCCACCCCAGGGGCUCUGCUCUGCCCUCCCCCUUCCUGUCUGAGUGGACGGGGGGAUGCACAGGUGCUGUGGGGUGAGUCUUCUCCCUCCUUGCCCUGGGUUUCAUGCCCUCUCCCUGCCCCGGGCUGAGGCUGGCACUUCUUUGCAGCCCGGCCAGAGGGACUGGUCUGCAGGCUGCCCGUAGGUGAAUGCCUCCAGCCUUCACCUUAGAGGUCCCGAUGUGGUCUGAGGGCCCUGCCUGGCCUUGCAGGCCGAGGGACAGACUGCCCUGGGCCCCGGAGAGACAGGGCUGAGGUCCCGAUAGGGCCCCAUGGCUGUAGAUGAGGGUCUGAGAGUUGGUGGGCGCACUUCCGCUCCCCAGUUUUGGGGUAUUUCAGGUGGUGCCCAGAGGACCUCCCCCGCCAGGCAAAGGCGGUCAAGGAAGGGGGUGGUAAUGGGAACUGACCAUUUCUCCUCAAAGCAAGCGUGUGGCUGGUCGCAGCCUGACUGGCAGGGGGUGUGCCCUGGGGGGGAGGUGCCCAGGGCUCUGGGUGGCUCUGGGUGCCCUCUCCUCCAGAGCAGCCCGGGCUCAGGCUGGAGAAUGAGCUUUCCACUAGGCUGCAGCUGUGUGUUCACGCCCUCGCCUGGGUGGCCCGUGCUCACGAGCAAGCAGUUUUAACCAGCAGCAUUUAUGCCGACAAACAGGGCCGGGAGGGGCCGUUCACCCGAGGCUGGGGGCGGGAGCUGCCGUGGAGAGCCGCCCCCACGCAGCAGACCGUGUAUUUUUAGCGUCCCCGUAACCAUCCUGCUACUAGAGCAAGAACUUCCGCCGCUUCUGCCCCCGGGCCGGGGCUCACCAGAUGUUAGCAGUGUGCUUAUUCUCGCUGAGUGCUAAUUUGGCAGCGGCGUUAAUUGCAAUUUAUAUUCUGCAGCAUUUUAUGCUGGGAAAAGAACCCACCCUAAUGGUCCCCAACUGGCAGAACUGGGCUGUUAAGUGCGGACCAUAUGCUGCCUGCCGAGAGGGGGCCUGGUCAGCACUGCUGGCUGUGCGUGUGUGCGCGUGCGUGCAUGUACGUCUGCGUGCACACACACGUGAGUGUAGUCUGUGCACACGUGCAUGGUGUGCGUGUGCGUGGGAUCGCGUGUGUGCGCAUGCACGUCUGCGUGCACACACACGUGAGUGUAGUCUGUGCACACGUGCAUGGUGUACGUGUGUGUGGGAUCGCGUGUGUGCGCGUGCGUGCGUGUACGUCUGCGUGCACACACACGUGAGUGUAGUCUGUGCACACGUGCAUGGUGUGCGUGUGCGUGCGUGCGUGUAUGUCUGCGUGCACACACGUGAGUGUAGUCUGUGCACACGUGCAUGGUGUGCGUGCACGUGUGCAUGCGAGCACGUUUCUGCAUGGGAUUGCGUGUGCGUGGGAUUGCGUGUGUGCGUGUGCGUGCGUGUACGUCUGCGUGCACACACGUGAGUGUAGUCUGCACACGUGCAUGGUGUGCGUGCAUGUGUGCAUGCGAACACGUUUCUGCAUGGAUUGCGUGUGCGUGGGAUCGCGUGUGUGUGCGCGUGCGUGUACGUCUGCGUGCACACACGUGAGUAGUCUGUGCACACGUGCAUGGUGUGCGUGUGCGUGCACUUGUGCAUGCGAGCACGUUUCUGCAUGGGAUCGCGUGCUUGUGUGUGCGUGUGCGUGUAUGAGAGAGAGGAGAGACUGGGGGAGGUGGGAAAGAUGAGGAGGGAGGGGAGGAGAGAUGAGGGCAUUUAACCCUUUGUUAAAGUAGAAGCCCCAGCACUCCCAAGGCCGCUCCUCCCGCCUGUGCCCACCUCGCCCCUAGACCUUGUGGCUCGCUCCCCACCCCCCACUCGCCCCCGGGUGGCCAGGCAUGCCUGCCCCCGGGGCUCUGACUUGGGUGCCAACACAACCUGGCCGGGGGAGGCAUCUGGAGCCUGAGGAGAGCAGAGGCCUGUGGCCUCCUUCCCUGUCGGUGGCUUUUCAUUCUCACGUGCAAGUAUUUUUACUUCCCAGCCCAAGGAGGCUAGAUAAGGGACACUUCACUCUGUCAUACGCCCCGGGGGGCGGAUCUUCUCCCUGCCUGUCAGCUGUCCUCUGAGGACCCAAGGAUUCAUGGGUCUGGGCCCCUGUGUCCAGCACCAGGCUGGAGGGCGCUUGGCUGGGGCCCCGGAUGGGCCCUGGGAUGAUGCCCCCCACACACACCUUGGGCAGCUCUGCAAGGCUGGGUGUUGAGGGUGAGCCUCCCUUGACCGCCCCUGCGCCAGGACCCACGGCUGCAGGCCACUUGGAGGCGAGGACGAAGCUUGGUGGAGGCCUGGCCGGGAGAGCUGGGCCAGGGGAGCAGGGCCGCAGGAGCCGCUGGACCCCGAUGUCUGUUAGCCCUCGAGGGUCUGAAACCAGCCUGUGCCAUCCUGCUUGUGCCAGCGGCCCUCCCCGAGUCUGUGUCAAGAAGGUGACGAUCCCGCAGCCCUCCCCCAGCUUGCAGGAAGGGGACCCACCCUCAUGACCUCCUCCGAGGGGCACGGGGGUAUCAGGCAGCCCCCUGCUCCCUCUGGCCCUCAUUAUCUGCUCUGGAGGGUUUGAGAAUCACCGAGGCCUUGUAAGGAAGAAUAAUAAGAACUGAGAAAUUAGUGGACGAGGAUAAUGCAGCGUGGCCGGUGGUAGCAGGUUUCAGCGGAGACCCCAGAUUCCCGAAGAUGUGGAAGGGGGCACCGCUGCCCGCAGUUCCCUUGGCCUUGGCCCUGGCCCUGAGCCUCCUCCCCCACACUUCGCCAGCAGGGGACGGGAUUGUGCGGCGGGGGCUCGGGUGCCCUUGUGGUGCUCCCUGGCCUCGUUUGCGCUGGGGGCACGGGGUUCUCACUGGGAGUCUCUAAGAUCGCUGACACAGGCUGGAUGGUGUCGCCUGAAUGUCUAAAUUACUUUCUAGAGCUUUUUCAGAAACCACGGUGGGGGGCAGGAGGGGGAGGUUGCAUUCAUGUCACGGGGUCAGGGCACCUGCCGCACCCUGCUCCGGACCAGCUGGCGGGGGAAUGGGGGGGACCCAGGGCUGCCCGUGGCCAUGAGGUCCGGGAGCCACGUUCACCGCCUGGGAGGUUCGGUCUGUAGCGCUCCGCUAAACCUGACAAGGGAUGGUUUUCCGUGGAAUCCUAACGGUGUGGGCCAGAGGCUUCUCUCUGUGCUCACCGUAGCGGGUGGGCUGGAGGGUGAGGGGCCGGAGAGGCGGCCACGCGACGGCCGUGGUGCAGGUGGGGUGUCUGGCCCCAGCCCCCCUCGACCACUGCCUGUCCGUAUGCAGCUGACCAGAAGCACUUGAGCUCAGCAUGUUUUUAAAGGGGGGUGGGGUGGGGAGUCAGCCAGGGGGCUCACGGUAUAUGGUGACCAGGUGCUAAGUGAUCAAAUACGUGUCACCUGCUUUUCCACACAGACCUACUUUUCUGUCUAGUGAUGCCCACUCCUGAAUUUUGUGUUCAAAUGAAUUUUGAAUGGGUAUUUUCAUGUAAACUUGUGGCAUGUGGAAAGUUUCAAAUAAAGUGGACUUGAUUUAGAAAAUCAGGUGAUUAUGCAGUGCUUCUGGAAGGGACACUCCCUGACCUUUCCCCUGUGACCCUCUCCAGCCCUGGGGGUGGGCCAAGGCGGUGGGGGGGGGCACUCAUCACCCGUGGCUGUUCUGAUGGGGUUACCUGCUUGGAGACGGGAGACCCAGUGGGGGACCGGAGGCUGCCUGGGGCCCCCAGGAUGCGGCUGCUGGGUCAGCCUUUGCGGGCCAGGGAGGGAGGCUAUGGGCUGCUGGAGCGCAUUCACACUGUUGGGCAGCCACCACCACCGUCCAGCUCCAGAACGUGACAUCCCUCCACUCUGAGACUCUGUCCCUGUGACACACUGACCCCCGCCCCCUCCCCAGCCCCCCGGCACCACCAUCUGCUCUCUGUGCACUGGACGACUCUGGGAACCUCGAAGGAGUGGACUCACACAGGAUUCGUCCUUCUGGGACGGGCUUGUUUGUAGCAUCUGUUUUAGGCAGAAGCCUCCUUCACCAGACCUGGGCUCUGGGAAGGGGCUCUGGCUGCAGCGUGGCGAGGGGAGAAGGUGGCAGCUGAGCCCGAGGGACCGGGGCAGGUGAGCAGGCGUCCGGGCAGGAGCGGGGACCUGGACUUGGAGGGGCCGGUGGCCCCAGGAUGCUGCGGGACAGAGGGACAAGUGUGUGGGGCUGUCGGGUGGGCCGAAGAGGGCUCAGCUGCACCUCCUGAGCUCCCCACCUGUCCUCCAGAGGAGAGUCGCCUGAGGCAAAAUGGCGAUCAGGGGGCAGGGGCCUCCAUCCUUCCUGACUGUCCAAGCCAGU